AUGCUUGUACUUAGAAAUGAAAUACGAACGCAAUUGAACCACAGAUCAGCAAUUCAUAAUGCAGUAGAAGUCGGUACCAAUCUAAUGGUAUGUAUCGCUCAGGAUUGUUGUAAAGGCAAGGCUGCGGAGGAGCCGGCACUUGUGAAAAAAUUAUUAGAACUAUCUGAUAGUAAGACUGAACAUUUACCGAGUUUAUUACCGUUAGUUUCUGGAAUGCCAGUUAUAAUCACACAAAAUAUAGCUAUUGAACUGGGAUUAAUUAAUGGCAUGAAUGGCAUCUUUAGACAACUAGUUUAUGAUAUUGAUUCAGUGUCAACAGAUAGUCUUUCAAAAACUUUUCCAACAAACACCCAAUAUGUUCAUAAGCCAAUAUAUGCAUUGGUCGAAAUAAGCAAAUCAAAAAUUGAAUGUAAUCUUUAA